CUGUGUCUCUUCUCUAUCAGAUUUUUCCUCAAGUUUUUCCUCAAGUGCAACCAGAACUGUUUGAAGAAUGCAGGAAACCCACGGGACAUGAGGAGGUUCCAGGUUGUUGUAUCGACUACGGUGAGCGUGGAGGGUCACGUCUUGUCCGUCUCAGACAACAUGUUUGUCCACAACAACUCCAAACACGGGCGGCGGGCUCGUAGACUUGACCCUGUGGAGGGAACACCAUCUUACCUAGAGCACGGAGCAGCUCCCUGCAUUAAAGCCAUCAGUCCCAGCGAGGGGUGGACUACAGGGGGCGCUACCGUCAUCAUCAUAGGGGACAACUUCUUUGACGGGCUCCAAGUUAUCUUCGGUACCAUGCUGGUGUGGAGCGAGCUGAUUACACCUCACGCCAUCCGGGUCCAGACGCCGCCCAGACACAUCCCUGGGGUCGUAGAGGUCACUCUAUCCUACAAAUCCAAACAGUUCUGCAAAGGCACGCCGGGGAGGUUCAUAUACACAGCUUUGAAUGAACCAACCAUUGACUACGGCUUCCAGAGGCUUCAGAAGGUCAUCCCUCGGCAUCCUGGGGAUCCCGAAAGGCUGCCAAAGGAGGUUAUUCUGAAGAGAGCAGCAGACUUGGUGGAAGCCCUCUAUGGCUUGCCUCAUAAUAACCAGGAGAUCAUUCUGAAACGGGCAGCAGAUAUUGCAGAGGCUCUCUACAGCGUUCCACGAGGGCACACCCAGCUCUCUGGCUCUUCUCACAGUGGCAUGAUGGGAGUCAAUUCCUUCACCGGGCAGCUGUCCGUCAACGUGGCUGAGCCCGCUCAAGCCAAUCAGGGGUUUGUGCGCAGCAGCAGCAGCAGUGUGUCGCCUCAUGGUUAUGUUCCCAGCUCCACACCUCAGCAGACCAGCUACACCUCAGUCACAAGCACCAUGAACGGUUACGCCAACAACACCGGCAUGACCAACCUUGGAGGCUCGCCUACUUUCCUUAACGGCUCCGCCGCCAACUCGCCUUAUGCUAUUGUUCCAUCCAGUCCCACCAUGGCCUCCUCCACCUCUCUACCCUCCAACUGCUCCUCCUCUUCUGGUGUCUUUUCCUUCUCCCCGGCCAACAUGGUAUCAGCGGCCGUUAAGCAGAAGUCCGCCUUCGCUCCAGUUGUCAGGCCCUCAUCCUCCCCACCACCCUCCUGCACCAGUGCCAAUGGCAAUGGACUCCAAGGUAAUUCAGCAUGCCACUUUAUCAGAGGACGGAGCUCAGAGGGAAGAAUUCCCCGGCAGAUGCUUUCAGGGGGGACCGUUUAG